GAUGACCGCAGUUACUUCGACAUUAUAUAAAAUGUAGUUUUCUGUUCGGGUAUGGUUUUAAAUGGAUCGCCCUGUAUAUUUAACAAUUAAUACUUCGAAAGUACUCAUCAAUUUAUCAACACUUUACAUUUCAUUUUAGAAAAGCGUUUGCAUUAACUACAGCCAACUUCCCUCGAAACCUCUGAAGAUGUUUCACUUCCUUUGCUAACCUUUCCAGUCAAAGCGAAGAGGCAAUUUCGUUGUCAACAUUAGCCUCAAGCAGAUACCUCAAAGACAGACGACAAUGUGAAGACGAGAGUGAGAUUUCGGCUUUCAAAAGUUGGCAAUCCAGCUAUUACUAAUGCACAUUCAUUGAGCACGUUUAUUCUGCAUUCCAAGAACCUCCUGAGUUGUCCUGCUGGAUUGUUCCUUCUGCCCUUGGUAGUGAUGAUGAAUGGCGUUAAAGUGUCGUUUGUUGAAUAGUGUUGUUGCUGUAGUGCCAUUUAGCCACAUCUACUGUCAGGUCUGAAGUAUUUCUGUCAAUAACUGGCCGACUUCCUUAACUGAUGGUAAUUUCGUGUAUACUCCUUGAAUAGGACAUAUUUCAAGCAGGGCAAGGAGGAGGUUAGCAAGCAUGGCAUCCUGUUGUGGUAAAUUUUAACUGUAGACUCAAGAAACAAGCACUGCCCUAAUUCCGGCCGCAAUUUCCGAUUUCAACUGACGCAGUUAUUCAUAUUCUGGACGUGACGACCUCUUAGAGGGACCAUCACUGUGCCACAGGACAGCAGCCACAUAACAGGAAAUUGGCCGAGCAUAUUCGGAGUACGUAGCAGAAACAUUUCAGUCAAGGUUCGACUGUUUACACCAGCAGAGAACAUGUAUGAAAUGUGCCAGAAUGUUAACCGAAAUUUAACGAAGCACGUCACCAUUUUCUACAGAUCGCGCGUCUUGAUGUUCUUCGUUAUCAUGUCUUCUGCUGACAGUCAGCAAGCAGUAUCUACCUCGACUAACGUCUCCGGCAACUUCCGUUCCAUGGCGAAUUCCAAAGCUUUCGACAACAGAAGACUUCAAGGCAAUGAAACAACUGAAAUAUGCAAUUUAUCAAGAGCCCUUCGAGUCCCCAACUGUAGCCUUGCCAGUUCAUCACCCAAGAAACAUCAGAGCUCGGUGCAACAAAAGAAAUGCAACACAUUGCCGAAUGACAAACAUGGAGACCCACAAUUUCAGGACUGUGGUCUCAAUGACAUGGUUGAAACAGCAUUUAAUUCCACAUUCCACUUAUUGAGUGCUGAUGAUACUAAAGGCGUCAGAACUCUCUUCAUACACCUUCAAGAGUGCAUGAAAUCCUGGCGACAGACGUUACCAUACAGCAGCAAUGAGACCCCUGUCAUGUCAACUGGCAUUCCGGAAACUAACAACAGCAUUCAGACUCUGGAUGAAAGGAAAGCAUAUGUAUAUAUGCUACGUAAUGCUGUAACUCUAGCUGUAAACAUAUCUGCUUUGGAAUCAUUAGGUUUAAGAACUCGUAAUAUCAGCACAUCAUUUAUUUUCACGCGUGAAUAUGAUAAAGGAGAAAUGGCAGUGGAAGAAUUCGACAAUUAUUUAACACAGCUAGAGUUAGUGGUUCAGUCCAUUAAUGAUUUUAAUAUGUCAUUAGAAAAGUACAAUUUGAGUACCGCAUGUGAACUGUCCCGGAUUAAUUACAUGCGUCCAUUUGGCAAAUGGGAACUCGAACUACAGAGUGAAAAGCAGAGGUAUCGUGAAGUUCGUGAUGUGUUUGCAAAGGUGAAAUUACUCGAAGUAUUCCGAAGAUAUGUGGACCCUGUAGUGUACUUUGCCAUCCUCGCAGUGGGACUCGUGUGGAACGGCGUUCUUCUAUUUAUUUUCGCUGUUCAUCGACAGCUGUGGACUUCUGCCAACAUAAUGAUAUUCAAUCUAGCGGUGGGAGAUAUUCUGUCUAUUAUUUUAAAUCUCCCCUUUUUCUACGUCGCUCACUAUCACGUCCAGUAUUUUCAAACUAACAUGUACGUAUGCAAGUUGUAUACCACACUCCGCCCUCUGUCUGUUGCCGCCAGCGCACUCUCAGUGGUGGCUCUCAGUAUUCUGCGUUACGUUGCGAGCGGUGAGUACCGCGGGGGACGUAAGAUGACAAAGCGUUUGCGUACAUUUCUAUACAUUGUAGUUGUCUGGGUUUUGGCAAUUGGACUUGCAGCUCCUUACAGCUUCGUCUUGGAUUUUACUGCCGGCAAAUGCUUCAUGUACGGUGACGGAUACACAGCCAAGAUGGUAGCUCUGUCCGAGUUCGUGUUUUACUGUGUGAUUCUCCCUUGCAUUAUGAUAUGGUUUAACGUUCUGACUGCGAGGAAUCUCAGAGAGAGCACCCGGAAUAUGGCAUUUGCAAUGAGACGCGACGGGCAAAAUCUAAUUCGUAACAGAAGUGCCAAGGUUCUGACAGUUCUGAUUGGGGUUUUCCUCAUCAGCUACAUCCCUCAGCAUCUGUGGCGAGUGUUGUACAGAUGGCUCGAGCUGGACAUCUGGAACGUGCAGUAUCGGUGUAUUGACAAAGUAACUUACUACACUCUCUUCGCAAAUUGUUGUUUCAACCCCAUCUCUCUCUAUGUGGUUAGCAGAAGAUUCAGAAAGCUUUUCAAUUACUACUUUAUUCACUUAUAUUAUCGCCAGUGUAAUAAAAGUUCAGACUCUCAUGUGCAACGCCUUCCAAGCUCUUUCAUAGUUCAUUCCAAAGCAGUGCAGUCCAAAUAUUAAUUUUAUCUUAUUACUUGCUACACUAACAGGACAAGUGGAAAGUUCUACAAUGGAACCUCUCAUAUAAAAUCUUAAAAUCUUAAUAUUAUUUUCCAUGACAUACCAGAACUUUACAGUUAAUGACAUAUAACAGUUUACAGACGAGGCAAUUAUUUGUAAAUAUUAAUCCCCCAAGCGCCUUCAUGCCGUAUAGUGGGAAAGCUUUACUUUACUUUAUUAGAAGUAUAAUUAUGAAAGCCUGUCUGAAUUAAAGCAACAUCUAUCACUAAUGUAGUGAAGAAUAUUCGUGACAAGUGUGACAAAUAUUCCUCUUGCAAAUGACGACUUGCUCGCUGCUUCGCUGAGAUAUAAUUGUUGUUUAUAUUUCAUAACUUCUUAUUUGCAACUGCUCACAUUUUAUAUUCAUAACUAAGUUAUGUAAAUUUGGGGUUUUCUAGUGGGCAGUGCUAAAUGAUCUAACACAAGAAAUUAUCUCCAGCUUCAUCAAUAUAAGGAACUAAACUUUAGCUUCAGAAGUUGAUGCACUCGUGUGAAAUCGAAAACUGCAUGAUCGUAGAAGGGAAAGUGUGGAAAUGAUUGUUGUAUAUUUACAGCUGGAAGGGAAAAAUGAUAUGGAACUGAAAUUAUCAACUGUGUAAGUAUGAAGUAUCAGUAACAAUAAGUAAUUAAAUUGAUUGUCGUCAA